GCGGGGCCCGGCAGCCGUUGGCGCGAGGGUUGAAGAUGGCGGGGGCGGCCGGGGCCUCUCCGGCAGCGGCGGACGGCGGCGGCUGCUCGGUCCCGCCGGCCGAGGUGGAAGCUGUGGUCGCGGACUGGAUGCUGGAGUUCGCCUGCUGCUGCCUGUGCCGGCACUUCGGGAAAGGGCGCGAGGCCGAGUUCCUGCGGUGGAAGAGGGUGGCGCAGGCUCUUAUUAAUGACCUCUCCAAAAUACCUCCACAUCAGAAAAAAACAGUGUAUCUUUGUCAGCUUUUGAUAAGAAUUGCAAAAGGACAAAGCCUUGAAUGCCAUUUUGAAAAUGAUCAAAGAAUUUCACCUUUGGAAUCUGCUCUGUCUUUCUGGACUUCACUUGAAAAGGAAGAAAUUAAACUUGAAAAGCUUCAUGAAAAUAUUCGUCACUUAAUUCAAAUUCAGAUUAUAGCAGUCUAUAUGGAAAAUGGGUAUUUCAAGGAGGCUGCUGAAGUUCUUGGAAGACUAUUUACAGACUCUGAAUCAGAUAAGCCUUUAAGGGUGAAGCUGGCAACUGUAAUUAGAAGCAAGGAUCCAUAUGUUCCCCUUCUCCAAACCUUCAGUUACAGUCGUUUGAUAAGUAGAAUGAAGGAUUACACUGAACUUUUCAUGAAAGAAAAAGGAACUAACUUCUUAAUACAGGCAGCCACAAAACAGGUAGAGUCUGAAGGACUGGGAGCACCAGCACUGGAAAACAAAACUGUGAAUGUCAAUGAAAACGACAGAAGGAAUUUGGAAACAAAACAAAGAUCAAUGAAAGAGGAGGAGAGUAUUACAAAUCCAUCACCUGGAGAUCUAAAACCCACCAAAAUAAGGCCUCGUUCACAAUGGAAAUGCAGUGCAAACCGUGUUCUUCGAAGCCUAAACAACUCGCAGAAUCUGGAAAAACGUGGAGAUGCUUUGACUUAUGGGCGAAGACGACAGCGAUGGACUUCCGAAGAAGACUGGGAACUAAAGUCAGGAGUAAAGGAGUUUGGAGUGGGUAAAUGGGCUAAAAUUUUGGUCCAUGGUAAUUUCAAGAACCGAACGAGUGUCAUGUUAAAAGACCGGUGGAGAACGCUGUGCAAGAUUGAGCAGGGGUAACUUGGACUACAGGAAUCAACUCUUCUUGACCUUUCCCUACUUAAGGACUUAGUCUACCUUUUCAGAAAAGUAACAUUUUAGUUUCAGAGUGUCCAGCAGUGUUGCUGUCCUAAAACAUGAAACAGAAUAGUAAUAGGCAUAAAAUGCUUAUGUAAGCUCACUUGCUUAAGUAAUGAUGACUUAAAUGUAAAGCCUGGCCUUUUAUCUACAUGCAAUAGAUGACCUAAUUUCUGAAAUGUUGAAAAUAUUUGGAGUGAUUUCAGAAAAGCCAGUUAUGUACAUAGGCAUAUUAAAUGACUGGCAAUAUGUUGCUAAUACAGACUCAAGUGUUCUGUGUUUUUAAAGGGCUGUAUUGCUAGUCAGAUUGAGCUUUUUAUCAUUUUGCUUCCUGCCAUAUAACUCAUUCUAAUCUGAUUUGCUUCACUUUGAAAUUUUGGUCAGACUUGUCAUCUCUGUCAGUAAUUUAUACCAAAAAGUAUGUAUGCAUUGGUACUGCUAAUUUUGCAAACUGAUUAUUUUUUUGCAAUUAAAAAUGUGAUACUCUAUGUAAUUUUAUAUUUCUAAGUAGUAAAGGUGCUGCUUUUUUUUGUAAAGAAGCUUAAGUUCUAGGUGGAAGGUUAUUUUGAACUCAUGUAUGUUGGCAUAAAUAGCACUUUUUGUCUUGCAGAAGAGAUAGAAAACACAUGGAAAGUAAGAGUAUGGCACUAGCUCUUAAUAGUUCUUUAUUAUCUUGUGUCUUCUAACUUGUCUUGAGAAGUGGCUUCUUCUAGACCAGCAGAAAAGGGAAGGCUCAAAAACGAAUGGCCAAAGUGGGGCUUAUGAGUUUAUACUGACACUGAUAGCACAGCUCAUGAGAUGUUUCAUCUAUGGUCUCCACUGUCUUUGUCCAAACUAAUAGCAAGCAAAGACACACUGUGAUGAGAGUAACUAUCAAGGUGUCAGUUGGUCACUGCAGAUACCCUGCUCGUGAGAGACUGUAACAGAUGCUGAUGGUACUGUGCUGUCUGUCUUGAUUCACACUGUGUGGGGAAGAGUUCCACAACCUCAGAAAACACAUACUUUGCACUGUCAUACUGGUGUGAAUCUAGUGACUUGAACUCACAUAUCACAGCAUUCUUUUAGAAGUGAAAUCUCUUCAAUUCAGAUGUUUUCUGUACUUUUGUCCUUGAAUGAGGUUUUUAUUUCACAAGAACCUUAACAUGGAAAAGCAUCUGUCCAAACUAGUCAUAAUAAAAUAAACCUUUCAGAUA